CCCCUCCCCGUGACGCCACAAGCCUCGGCCGUGUUCCCAAGCCUACCUGGCUCCUUCUGACAGACGCGCGAAGACGAGCUGCAGAGGUGGCCGUCCCGGCUGCUGCGACUGCUGCAGAAACGGAGGAUGCCUGAUGGGCCAGCAAUGGCUCCUGUCUGUAAAGAGACCUUCUGUGAAGUCCUCUAGAGGCUUUGCUGCUCCCUGUUCUUGAUCCUGUGCUGUUGGAAUUCACCUCCGGUGGGAUGUGAGGGGUCGGAGAGACACUCAGGAUCCUAGACUCAGCUCUGCCUCUAAAAUGCCACGUGACUUUGGACAAGUCCCAUCUUUUUUUGGCCUCCAUGUCUUCAAAGGGUCCAGGAGGAGCCUAGAAGAUGUCUAACGACCCACCCCCUCCUUAUCCUGGGGGCCCCACAGCCCCCCUUCUAGAAGAUAAAAGUGGAGCCCCACCCACCCCAGGCAGUACCUCCCCAGCUGUGAUGCAGCCUCCACCGGGCACGUCACUGCCCCCUGCAGACAUUGGCCCCCCACCCUACGAGCCACUGGACCACUCAGUGCCCCAACCUGGCUUCAUCCCCCCACAUGUGAAUGCAGAUGGCUCCUACAUGCCUCCAGGUUUCUACCCUCCUCCAGGCCCCCACCCUCCCAUGGGCUACUACCCGCCGGGGCCUUACCCACCAGGGCCCUAUCCUGGCCCUGGGGGCCACACUGCUACGGUCCUGGUCCCUUCGGGGGCUGCCACCACAGUGACAGUGCUACAGGGAGAGAUCUUUGAGGGUGCACCUGUACAGACAGUGUGUCCCCACUGCCAGCAGGCCAUCACCACCAAGAUCUCCUACGAGAUUGGCCUAAUGAACUUCGUGCUGGGUUUCUUCUGCUGCUUCAUGGGGUGUGAUCUGGGCUGCUGCUUGAUCCCUUGCCUCAUCAACGACUUCAAGGAUGUGACGCACACGUGCCCCAGCUGCAAAGCCUACAUCUACACGUACAAGCGUCUGUGCUAACGGAGCCAGGACUGGACUCCCCACUGUCAGUCUGGCCCCACGUGCUUUGCUCCCCAUGCUCAGUGGCUCGUGUCCCCACUCCCAUUUGGGGGUGGAAGCCAUUCCACCGGUCCCCUGGAAGUCUUGUCCUCUUUGCCUUGCCCUUCCCUGAACAUCUGACUCUUCUGGCAAAAAUUCUGUUAGAUUUAAGGCCAAGGGUCAGCGAGUAUCAGGGAGUUGGCACUGGGCUUGUGUGUUGCUGGUUUUGUGAUCAGGAAGAUAAGCUGGGAAGGGUCUUCCUGCUGGGGUCUCACUCCUCCAGUUCUGUAUGAGGUACAGGUUUGGUCCUGAUUUUCCCGGGACCAAAAGCAGCCCAAGCAGUGGCUAGUUUCCCAGACCUAGGCCUGCAGUGGGGCUGUGCCUGAUCUGCUGGGCUGAGAGCGGAAGAGUGAAUCCAAGCAGGGCAGGGUCAGAAAGCCAGGGUUUGUUUUUGGGGUGCUAGAGGCGGGCAUGACGAUCAGAAGAAACGACUUUGGCCCUCGGAACUCUCAGGAACUCAACACCUUGUCCAAGUGCCCAGGAGCCACCUGGAGUAAGGUAGAGAGGUCAGCACAACUGCAGGUCAUGGGUAAGUUAUUGGGCCCUGGCUCACGCAGAAGGCACUUGCCUCUGUCCCCUGCCUAGCUCCCUUUCUGGCCAUGCCUCUAUGAACCUGUCUUUGCUGAGGCUAGGAGGAAUGCCCAAGAACUCAACCCCUCUGUACCAUGUCCUUGCUGUGUGUGUGGGCAUGACCUGUGCCUGGUGUGUCCCAGCUGGGACCAGAGAUGGCAGAUAGGGCCCUGUGGGCACACUCAAAUUUGCAGUGCUCUCUCCAUGGACCCUCUUCCCGGUGAACACCGGGCCCUUUACCCUGGCCGACUUGCUGUCACUGUACAGCUGCAGCACUGGACUAGGGACAAGGAAGGAGCAACUACAAGUGGCAGAAGUGCCCUGGUGUAUGCCAGCCCUGCCCUGGGCUUGAGGCCACACUAUUUUCUGAAUGGUCUGUCUGUGAACUUGCUCCCAUGGACUGCUUUACCCUGCCGCCGCCCUUCUCCCCUGGUCGCACUGCCACUGCAUGGCCUCCUUCCUGUCACUGUGAAUCGUGGCCAGUCUGUUUGUAGUUUCUCAUUAAAUGGGCCCUUUCACUCCUCUGCUCUGGGCCUCUGCUCUGUU